GAGGUUUUCGGGGGGCUCCUCGGCGUGUCCCCCAGCAUCCCCUCGUGUCCCCCCAGGCGCCGUACCGCCUGCGCCAGCUGACGGGGCUGGAGAAGCAAACUCUCUACGUCGGCCCCCAGACCGUGCCUGCGGCCCCCCAGCUCCCGGGGCUCUUCCAGGGCGCCGAGCUGAAGCCCGACGAGGUGAAAGGCGGCCACAGGGUGACCGAAUUCCUCACCUACAACUGCCUGGCCACGGACACGGACCUCUACAGCGAGUGCCUGCGGAGCUUCUGGACGUGUCCCCACUGCGGUCUCCACAUGCCCUUCACCCCGCUGGAGCGAAUGUGCCAUGAGAGCGCCUGCCAGCCCUCCGAGGCCCCCCCGGAGGAAGAGGCUGGGAGCUCUUCGAAAACCUCCGCCCUGCACCGGCUCUACCACUGCGACAUCUGCCAGCAGGACUUCACCCUCACGCCCACCGAAAUCCUCCGGCACAAGAAGCAGCACCGGUGACCCCCGCUCGGGGACGGUGGAGACCCCCCAAAACUGGGGGGAACCCCCUGCUUUGGUGCCCCUUGGAGACGUUGGCUGCAUCCUUAGGGACGUCGUGUGGCUCAUCGCUGACACUGUCGCGUGUCCUCAGGAACUCCAUUUGCUCACCCACCAGGAAAAAUGAAAAGAGCCAGGCAUCAUCACCGCUGGUAGGAGAGCACUUUUUAAAAAUUAAGAAGCAGCCCAAAUCUCGCUGCUCUUUCAUCAUUAACAACUGUUCUGGAAAAAUAAAUAAUAAAAUAAAACCUGCACCACUU